AUGGCACCGUGUGUUACUUCUUUGUUCGUAUACUUUCACGAUUGGCUUCUGUACCUCAUUCUCCUAUCACUGCGCUUCCUGUUGGUGUUGCGCACUCAACCGGGUUACGUGCAUCCGGACGAAUUCUUUCAAAGUGUUGAAGUUGCUUCUGGUGAUGUCUACGGUUUGGAUGUAUUUCGUGCUUGGGAAUUUCAACGUAGCACAACACAUGGCCCGUUACGCUCCAUAGCUGGCAUUGGCCCCUUGGUUCAUCUGCCUAUGCGGUUGUAUAAGCUGUUAUUGGAUGGAAUCGGAAACACCACCCAGCCUGAUUGCCAUAUUGGGCACAGCGGAUCGAUUCUCAUUGAUCGUGUCAUCUUUCCCGUCCGUCUAUGCACAGUACUCAGUUCGUUCGCUGUGGACGUAUUUAUUCUCCAAGCUAGCACCUAUUUGCGUUCUCCCUACACAACCGAUCAUCCCUGGUUCCCCCACAGACCACCGGUCGCGUUGCUCUUGUACGCAUCCGCCACCUUUGGUGGGCUUGUUUUAUCCGGACGUACCCUCGUAAACACUUGGGAGGCAGCGGCUGUGGCGGUUUUCGGUCUACUCUUUAUGUUUAUCAUGCGACGCUUACAUCUAAUUCACUCCUACACGGCGUUCACUCGUUUGCUGCCCAUCAUCUUCGCAAUGUGCGCCCAAUCCGUAUUGGUUAGCUGGGCUAUUUUUCUGCGACCCACCUAUCCAAUUUUCAUUCUCCCCAUGGCCCUCGCUGAGGUUGUGUACGCCGCUCAUAAACUUCGCCUGUUGUUUAUCUACCCGUCGUCUGUUUGUGUUCUUCUAGCUUCAUGGACCGUCUACCUAUGUUUAUUGCUAGACACUGCUUACUUCUCGUAUUCUUCUUUAACUACCCAACUGACCCUUACUGACUUCAUUUGUGUUCCUUGUCGCUUUCUAACCUACAACUCUGCGACGGAUCACUUGGCUGCGCACGGCCUUCAUCCACGAUAUCUUCAUGUCCUGGUCAAUUUACCAUUAAUACUAACUCCUAUUGUCACUCUGUUGGCGCUGCGGAAACCCCGAACGUUCUGUUUCCCUGUGGUCCUGUGUUGGCUAUGCGUAAUCGUCCCUCUGACCUUUCUCUCUCUGAUCCCACAUCAGGAACCUCGUUUCCUUAUACCACUUCUUCCUUUUGCUUGUUGUAUUGCUGGCCUUGAUCUGGAACGUCGAAACUGCGAAACUGCAACAAUGAAUGGCUGCCCGAAAUUCAGUUUUACUGGUAAAUGGAGCGUCUUCUUUGCUUGCACUUGGGUUUUGCAGCAACUCAUCCUCUUACUCUUCUACGGCAGUCUGCAUCAAGGCGGUUUGUUGCCGAUGCUCCGCACUGUGGUCCCCUGGUCGCCUACCAGUUCGUCCAUUUGUCCUGUGUAUGUAUUUUAUCACACCUAUAUGCCACCUCGAUUCCCUCUUGGUCGUCUUGCUGAUAAUUGCACAAAACCAAAUUUCUCCCAAUGCAAUGUCCUAGUGGACCUUUCCGGUGCUACUAUUGAUACGUUGAACGAGACGUUGAUGCAUUUACGAGAUAUGCAUCCACUCCCUGGGCAAAGGCGAAUAGUACACGUCGUGUACCCUGGCUCGCAAGCACCUUUGGGUCUGAAUUUUUCACAGUACGGACCGUUGAACUCCACUCAGUCCUUUUUUGGUCAUCUGUCUUUUGAUGACUUUCCACUUUGGAGACGAGAUUAUACAGGAAUUACAAAUGCACCAGUGUCUUGGCGCUCCUUACUGUCACUUCAGUCCGUUUCGAUAUCUAUUGUUUAA